AUGGUUCGCAUUACCACUACUGCUAUCUUGGCUUUUGCUGCUAUCUCUUCUGCAAGGUACUUGGGUGUCUCUGGUCGCGGGAGUCUUACUGCUCGAACAACUGGCGCAGCAGGACUCCCCGGAACGGAUGCUCCGGUAGAUACAACAACACCUGUCCCCGGCGACACUGGUACAGAAGUACCAACAGAGGUCCCGGCCGAAGUCCCCCCAGCUGAGGUCCCAGCCGAAAUGCCCCCAGCUGAGGUCCCAGCCGAACUUCCCCCAGCCGAGAUCCCUGCAGAUCCCCCGGUGUCGAGCACGGGAGACAUGAAGCCAUUGAUUAAGCUGAUUGACGCUCUUGCAACACUUUCCGAGAUGCUUAAAGGGCUAAUGCCAGGUGCUGGUGGUACGGUCAAGUCAGCUGUUGGUGUCAGUUUUCUAGGAUAG